UUGUGACUACCAAUUGAACAUCUUCUCCAUAUGUUCAACAAGUAUACCAUUUUCACACAUUCCCACUAUGCCCGCGCCUUUGCUAAAUGAGUACAAGAGCAAAUUCGCAUUUCGUCGAUUUGUUCGAACACUUUCUGGCGGCCCACAACUUGCACCACCUGAUACUCCAACUUCAAAUGCAGUUGCAUUAUACGCGUUACAGGGAUUUGUAUACUUUAUUCCAUGGGUGGGUGCGGCUAUAGUGUAUGGUAUAUGGGGUGAUGCGGGAUGUGGAUUUGGUAGUGGGCCAAAUGUCGGGUACGGAGGUGAGCCUUGAUGCUGGUCCUGAUCAUAUUCCUACAUAUGCCGUCGUACAUUUCCCUUCGCCGCCGUCACGCCCCUGCUGUAAAUACCAAUGUGCUGCCAAGUGAUGCAGAAGAGCUUCCACUGCAAGGGCCCUUGAUGGUAUCCGCCUAUACCUAUGCAAUUGAAGAAUUCCAAGAGCUGAAAAAUGGGCUGUGGGUUGCACAUAGAGUCAUGCAAACUGUUCUCUCAGGAUUCUUUCUGAGUGCGUGCCUAGCAUACUUAGCGCCUGGGACCUUAAGAGAACGAUAUGGGAGCAAUGGUGCUGCAUGGGUGAUGUACGCUUUGGGUUGGAUCACAGUAUUGAUGGCGCAAUGGUCGCUGACUUGUACUCCACCACCAGAACCGAAUACAUACUACACGGAAGAUCCAUGGAAGAUAGACAUUUACACUCGGCCCUUUUAUCUCAUAUUACUGCUCAUUAUUGGUGGACUACAAAUCUGGAUCCCCCAGCUUGAUAUUGCCAAUUUUUAUCUGUGCAUUCUAUGGGUAAUAUUUCCCCUCUUAUGGACAACUGGAAUUGCUCCUUCACUGAGAAUCUUUCUAGCAACCGCGUUUGAAAAGGCGCAUACAGUACUUACCGCGGCGUCUCCGACGCUUUCCCCGAAACGCACUGCCCUCCUUUUCCUCUUUACAACCGUACCUAGCAUUGCAGUCACUUGCAUCCUUCUCGUUUGCGUCUCGCCACUUGCUGCAUUGUGCUUUUCAGCGAUAGCAGGAUGUAUUGUCGCAAGUCGAGUGUGGCUAGACUGGAGAACCGUUCGUACCAGCCGAACAAACGACUUUCCACAUCUCAUAGCACAAGUACGCCCGAGCAUCGAAUCACUCUACCUUUGCAUCCGUUUGGUUAUCUUGGCUGCUGUCGUUGCUGCCAUCGGUGAAACAUCGGACGACCUGAUGGAGCAUCCAGCGACAGUUGUUCUUCUUAUCCUGGUGAUACUUUUAACGUCUCUGCUCAUAACCUCUCACGAGCUACAGCAAGUCCAUAUUCCCAGUUGUUUGCCGGUGCUGCGCAAUCCAUUACGAAGUUUCAUUGGGCAUGGCGACGCUAUCCGCCAGCGAAUAGUCCGAAAUUUUGGCAUUUUGCAUAUGCUCGCUUACCACUGCUUACCGUACGCUGUAACGGGGUGGAUCCUGGCAGAGGCUUUAGAAGACUUCGGUACUCGGUCGAACAAACCAUAUCGGGAAGCGUGGUUUUGGGCCGGCCUUAUGCUAAUGAGAGCGUUCAGGUAUGCCUGGAUUGGACCGGGCACGGCGGGAAUUGUAAUUUGCGGUGUUGCUAUCGUGGACGCCGGAGUCGAGUACGGCAACUGGUGGUUAGGGCUAAACGUUGGUACAAGAAUAUUGAUUGUCUCCAUCGUAUGGGAAGCCGCAGUAAGGGCGUGGUGGAAAUGCGGAUUUUGGGUGAUGGCAUUAGCUGGUUUUCUGUUUAACAAAAAAGAGCGACGACCUCAAUGGUAUCUCUAUCUGCUCGUCAGCAUGAUAGUGACACCGCCGGUGAUCGUUGUUAGUAGCGUAAUCGAUGCUCCCAUGCUCCCCGUCAUGGGGUUGCCCAUAUUCUGGAUGGGGUUUCCUAGACCAGCACGAUUUUGGCCUUCAUUGGACCGCGAUUAUGUCCCGUCUUCCGAUUCCCUUCUCUAUUCAAGCCUUCUGCCUAAACUUCUUCCCAAGCUGUCUGCUCAAAUCUCACAGGGCGCACUUCCAUCAAUUUCACCAUCCAGCAACAUGUUACUUAUCCGCCUCGAUUCUCGUCUAUUGAUCGUCCGCUGUGUGGAAUGUUACUUUGAGGGCGUCAUGUGUCUUAUAGCAGGUGUCGAACUUGAGCCGACUAGCUGCCAUGCGUUAGAAGGAACUGAGGUAGACAACAUUUUGGAGGGUGUGUUAACUGGCAAAGACUUGAAGUUGGGGAAUAGUAACAUUUGGAAAACUCUGAAGCCUAAAGGCGUAGUGAAAACUGACACAUACAUCAGCACACGGACUGUCGUCACAGGCGUCCUUGAUCACCCAAGUGUUCUUCGGCAAAUUCCGGCAGUCUUCAUGAAAGCAUUGGUAUGGUGCUUUGCUCGGAAACUAGGCCCGCAAGAUGUUAAAAGGUUUGCAUCAACCAUACCUCACCUAAACCGAGAAGUCAUCCAAGCGUGCAUGCCUCUGUUCCCUGCGAAAUGGUACGACUUCUUGGAGUUUCUUAAAGCACGGAAAAGGCAUCAUUCGGUGGCAGACAUCAAGAAUGAGAUGGAAUGUGAAAGCCAAAACAAUUCAAUGGAAGCUGCAGCCCUUCUUGCUAGUGUUUGCUAUGCAGUUGUGUUUGGCAUCAAUACGCCGACUGCCGCGCCUUCACCAGUUGCCGACCUCCGUACUCUUUUUCGCAUUUAUCAUGGUGACCUACCCUCCCUUCCCUCAGCAGGUCGCCUUUGGCUUGAUGCUGCCGACCAUUCGGAGCUUCGUUGGAUUUGCUUGGUGUCGUUUCGGUGGGCGGUCAGGACAAUCUACGAGCGAGCAGGGGAAGAACCCCAGGAAGAGGAGUUUGAUGAUAUUAACGCGCUUUUCGAAGCAUAUGAUACCGUGCAUCACACCUCCCUUGACCCGUCUUCUUUGCUGUCUAAUCCGCUGCCAUUCGAUACGGCAUCAACACCUACUGCCUGGCGUAGUGUGCUUGCGCGCGGCGGAGAAUCAUUAUUUGGGAUGUAUCUGCAAGCAGACGGCAUGCGAGGCAAUACUGUGGGAGUCCGGAUGAUCAAAAAGGAGAGAGAUGUAUGUUGUUGGGUGGGCGAAGUGAACGGAGAAGCAGUUAGAGGCAUCUGGGCGAACCUCGUUUUUGAGCUGCUCUAUUUAACAAACGACGAUGAUGAGCGAUACAGCAUUCAAGCUCACCCGCUACUACUCCGAAAUCUCACAGUGCAAACGUCCAAUCCGCCAUUGGGCUAUCCAUUGUAUCUCGGACACGGUGCAAUAUCUCUACCUAUAUGGGGAACUGGUGCCAGGAGGGACAGACGAGUGAAUAUCGAAGGUUGAUUGACGGGGAAAGAUGGCGAAGGUGUGCAGGCACCCUGUAGCGUCAAAGGAACACAACCUUUCAAAGAUACAAACUAUGA